UCUAGCGUGCACCUCGCGGACGCCACGUUUUCCGCGCGUGUAAACCCGUGUUGGUAUCCAGAGCUAACAGCGCGACCAUGUCGGAGCACGACGAACCCGGCCAAGUGAAACUGAAGAAAGAAAUCGGACUGUUCAGCGGCGUCAUGAUCGUCGUGGGUACGAUCAUCGGCUCGGGCAUAUUCGUAUCGCCGAAGGGAGUCUUCGAGCACGCCGGCUCCGUCGGCGCUUCGCUUGUCAUCUGGGUGCUGUGCGGACUCUUUUCGAUGAUCGGAGCCGUGUGCUACGCCGAACUCGGCACGUCCAUCCCCAGGUCCGGCGGGGACUACGCGUACGUGCUCGAGGCGUUCGGACCGCUCACUGCUUUCCUGCGGCUAUGGGUCACCGUACUCGUGGUACAGCCGGCCACGCUUGCCGUGCUGAGUCUCACUUUCGCCACGUACAUGGUCAAGCCGCUCUAUCCAGACUGCGAGCCGCCGGACUUGGCACUCAGACUCAUGGCUAUCGUCUGUCUCUGUUUCCUGACCUUCGUGAACUGCCACAGCGUGAAGCUGGCCAUGAAGGUGCAGGGCAUCUUCACCUUCGCCAAGCUGGCGGCACUGGUCAUUAUCAUUGUCACGGGCAUCGUGCUCAUCGGACAAGGACAAGUGGGCUACCUGCAGAACAGCUUUGCUGGGGAGUACUCCGUGUCCGGAAUAUCCCUCUCCUUCUACGCCGGGCUCUUUGCAUACGGAGGAUGGAACUACCUAAACUAUGUGUCAGAAGAACUUAAGGACCCAAAUAAGAACCUACCGAGGGCCAUCUACAUCGGCAUCACGCUGGUGACGCUGUUUUACGUCCUGGCCAAUGUGGCCUACUUCACGGUGGUCUCCCCGCAGGAAAUGUUGUCAUCACCGGCAGUUGCUGUGACCUUUGCACAGCGAACAAUUGGUGUGGUUGCCUGGAUCAUGCCCGUGUUCGUCAGCCUUUCGACCUUUGGUGGACUGAACGGAAUUAUGUUCACGAUAGCCAGGCUUUUCUUCAUCGGAGCAUUGGAAGGGCACCUUCCCAUGAUCUUCGGCAUGAUCAAUGCUGAGAAGCUCACACCGACGCCCCCUCUUCUAUUAUCGUGUGGUGUGGCCCUGCUGAUGUUCUGCACGAGCGACAUCUUCGUCCUCAUCAACUACCUUAGCUUCAACCAGUGGCUGUGGGUGGGAGUCUCAAUCCUGGGCAUGCUGUGGCUGCGCUACAAGCGUCCCCGCAUGCAUCGUCCCAUCAAGGUGCCCUUGGUCUUCCCGCUGGUCUUCCUCGUCAUGUGCGCAUUCCUCACGUUCAUGCCCCUGUACGCCAGUCCCGUGGAGACAGGCAUGGGGCUAGUCAUCCUCAUCAGCGGUAUACCGGCGUACUACAUCUUUGUCUGCUGGAGUGCAAAGAACAAGGCAGUGGGACGUGUUUCACGAUACUUGACAGUGGCAAUGCAGAAGUACCUCCAAGUGGUCCUUCCCGAGCAGGAAGAGCGGCUACUCGAAGCAGAAUGCUGAGGAACUCAUGAAAUGAGCCAGGCACCAAUCUCAACUCUGCGUGCGUCCAGUGGAUAGGGACCAAUCGUUCACUUUUGCGGGUAAUACGUGAGAUACAGCCCAUAUGGGCAAUGUUGACCCGGGUGGGUUGGCCACCCUGUGCCGCUCCAGCAAAGACCCGUGCAUCUUCUGCCUUGUGGAAUGCACGAAGAGUGGGGGCUCUGUCGGGCACUGUUAGUAGAUUGUACUUCAGUUUACUAUGAACUGCCGCAAUGCAGGGUGCGUCGUGGCACAAGUGUGACGCACCCAGCGUCACACGUUCACAGCGCUGGAUUGGCCUGGAGGGCACAUAGCGUCCACUGUGGUUCUUUGUAAAGCAGAAUGGAGUACUGUAGGGUUAAGUUCGGAAAGCAGCGUGCAAGAUAUGGAUAUAUGGAAGUGUCCUAGCCCACGACAAAGUUGAGAAGGCUUUUGAACUGUGAUCUGCGUCGCGUACGAAAGGCUAUUUCCGGUGUCCGAUUGCGUAGCAGAUUCCAAUGAUCGGCACUUCAUGGGUUGACACCUGAUCAUAUUUUUAGUCCAUAUUUCUUUUUACCAAUCAAUUUCUUUUAAAAAGAAAGAAAAAAAACCGAAACGUCUGACCACUAAAAGCCUUUGCACAUUGUUGAAAGCAUGGUGGAUACAUGGCCAACAUACAUAGCACAGAUUGUCGACUAGCAAAUUAUUGACUGGCGGUGCUCUCAAUGCUCAAUGAUAACUGUAAUCGCCUCGGGUGUAGGGAGGUAAUUACCCGAUAAGUUUCGGGAGUUGUUGAUUGUUGACUUUUGGCUAUUCACAGAGGGUUGUAUUUUGAUUACCAUAUUUUGAAAGAAGCACAUACCAAUGGUUUUUUACGUAGGAUACAUUAUAAGGGAGAACCAGUCACUUUUCAGCAAUUACAAGAAAGCAUCGUCCAAACAAUGAUCCGCCAAAUUUUACAGACGAGACAUCUUGCACCAGAUUUAGUGGACGGUGGUCAUGUGACAUGGUCAAGUGACAAUUUUCCCCUAAAUAGAGUGGAUUUUGUUGACUUGAUACAUCAGAACUUUUUUGGCCUUUGCAAUAGUGUCACCGACACAGCUUCCUCGUGGGUGGCACCUUACUCAUUGGCUGGCGUAAGCGAUCUUGUGACCAUAGCGACAACCAUUGACGUUGUGCGAAGUUGCGGCACGAGUCCCGGCACAUAAGGGAUCGCACCAAGAUUUACCGACCCAAAAAACAUAUUCCACGUAUGACAAUUUUGCCAGGUUUAACCGAAGUACUGCCCAUUUUUCUUCAGUGCUGCACUGACAAUGGAAAAAUCAGGGCUUUUUCUUUUUUACACAUUAAUUUCAAAACAUGAGCAAACUUUGCAUUUGCUAACAUGUGAACUAAUAGCUUAGAAAUUAUUGUGCAAUAUAUUUUCAAGGUAAGCUGUAUCACUUGUUUUGGAUUUAUAAAUUCAUGCCAUCUGACUUUUUUGCUAAGUGACACAGAUUUUAAUUUCGUCAUUAAGGUUUAGCUAGCUGUAUAAUCAUUUUUUUCUAAAUUUCAGUAAUGUGCGAUUAUCUCUGUCUGGAACCAAAAAUUAAAAAAAAUUAAUUAUUUGUUUAUGGCUGCUGUCCUCUAAGCAUAUUCAUCUCGGAGAUAUUCUGACGAAACCCUGUGCAUGACGCUUUAAGCAUUGCUGUAUUAUCAAUGCGGUUUCAUUUUUAAGUUGAUUGAAAUGAACCUGCGCAUCUUUAUGAAAACAUAUAUAUUUUUAAAAUCAUUCCAUAUAUGAAUGAGGAUCUUGCAAUGUCAAAAACACGAGUUCAAUAUCCAAUCGCAGCUUAGUGAGAAAUUAAUGUAUGCAAAACUGGUGACAGUUUACAAUGAUACACUCUGUGUAUCACUGUAGGUAUACUCAUAUUUCAGAAAUCAUUGUUCUUUUUUUUGCUGACAUGAAGAUAUUUCAGCAAGGUUUUUUCUCAAUGAUGAAUUUUUAUUGGUGCCUAGAGAAGGAGCUUUACAUUAAGCAUCAGAAUUUAAUAUUAUCCCUGUAAAAAAAAAAUCAAAGUACUGCACCGUCAGACCCUUGCCUUGGAAGACAUUCUUUGAAACCAGCUCUUACAGAUUCCAGGUUGCGAAACUUGAAAUUACUGGUGUGCUCAGGUCUUUUCAUGAUCUACUUUUGAUCGACUCACCAUUCAAGAUGUGCUCCAAGACCACUUUGGCCUCCCUUUUGAGUCGUUUGAUAUGGCAUUGUUUCUUUUCUUUUGUUCAGUCAUGUCCGCCACAUUGCAAAGGUUGUAAUUAGCGUCUUAAAAGGGGGGAUGAGGAUGAUGAUUGUUACAUGCAAAACUGCAUUGGCCAAUGGCCAUCUUGGUAGAUUUCGAUGACUUGACAUGAAAAAAGGGUUGUUGUUUCAUGCCAUAAUCUUUUUCUUCCAUUGUCCUUGUAACUGCGUAAACUCGUUGAUUGUGACAUGUUCACAUUCUUUGUGGCCUUGUGAGGUGUGUGUAAUCCUGCUACAGGCGGCUUCUCCUAAACAUGUUUGGAGUUCCCAUGACGUUUAGUGUGCCAUCUGCCAGCUUUGAAUUUUCCUAGUCUUAUUUGGUAGCCAAACUUUAAUGGACGCUGGCCAUGGUCGUCUGCAAGCAGAACUUUAUUGUAGUCAUGUUUACAGCUGAAAGAUCAUGCUAUUAUAUUCCUAAUGAGCAUGUUGGUAAAAUAUGCUAGAUAACAGAAAGAAUAAAACAUGUAGAGGACGACGCACAGACGAGUACAUUCUUUUAACUUUCAACAAAGUUUAUUCCAUGGAGUAUGAGUGUCCGUGGGGGAAUGGGCGCUCCUACCCCAUGGAAUAAACUUUGUUGCGAGUUGAAAGAAUGUACUCGUCUGUGUGUCGUCCUCCUCAUGUUUCAUUCCUUCCGUUAUCUAGGAUCAUGCUAUACUUAGGGAUAAAUAUUUUUGUGACAAUGAAGCUAAAGCUAGGGUACCCAUGUGCUCAACCACCUUGAGUGCCGAUCAGAGAUGUGCUCGCACAUUCUUCACUUCUUCUGAAUUGUCUGAAAUGCUUGUCCCUGAGUUUAGUUAAGUCUCCUGGAUAUUGUUUCCAUGUUGCCAAUGGACGUAUCAUUUUUGUUACGUGAUCCUUUUGUUGAUCCCUGCAGUUUAGUGUAUUGCACAUAGCUUGGUGCUGUGGACAAAGUGAAUUACCGGUAGUUUUUUUUGACUAACUAGGGUAUAUAUUUCCACUUAUUUGUGAGAAAAUUUACAGUGGAAACGAUUUUGCACAGUUCAUGCUUGUUCUUCGUGCCAAUUCAUCGAGCUUGAGAACCUUGUGCCUAAGCCACGAAAAUGUAUUGGUGUUCUUUCACCUUUAAUCUAGGAACAGCAUUUUGUAAUGCCAAGCUUGUUUUUAUAUGGAAGUAUUUUGACAUGUGACCGGUCUCUUUGAACCUACCGCUUUUCCUUGACUGUACAUAUACAACCAGUCCCGCAUUUACAGUCAG